UGCGUACUUGCGAUGGAGCGACGAGUUUCGUAGUGGUUCGUGCCACUUACUUUUUUUUUAGUUUUUCUAUAUUUUUACAAAAGUUUUGAUCGGAUUUAUCUGAACUCGGAAACAUCGUGAAAUACGAUUUUGCGACUAAAAUAAUGAGUACAUUCGUGAUGCUGAAUCUUCACGGAUUGACUCUGUUUAUAUGGAUCGUAUCUGUCCUAACCUUAUCUACCAGUGGUAAAGUUAAAACAGAUGGUAUUACUUCUUUAAAGUCCGCGUCGAAUACGAGUAUUGUCGGUGAAUCCUCAGAAAAUAAUUACGGGAAUCUGUCGUCUGCGAAUCAACCUGCAUCUGAGUCCACUUACUCCACAAAAUCAUUGAACGAAAAUGUUACCCCUUCAUUUGUCGGAGAAGGUGGUCCAAUUUCCAUUGCUUCUACCACACAGCGUGCAUCUUCCACUACUUCUCAUUCUAUAAGCAUUUCCGAACAUUUAAAUGCAGAGAGUAAUUUUCCAAAUGAAAAGACUCCAAAAAAUUCCAAGAUUGUUGCAAGAAAAGGAGCAAAUGAAAUGAAUGUAAAAAGGGAACCAGUAUCUCAUGACACAAAGUCAGAGGCUGAACAUAGUACAGUAGCAAGUGUUAUUGGUAUUAAUGAGAAACGUGUGAAUGUUGAUUUGAAUAAUGCAAAAUCAGAAACAAUUGAUAAAUUGUCAAAGGAUGAUUCCCAUACAACUGUGAAGAAUGCAUCGCAAGAAAAAGUACCGACAAGUACUACUAUAAUAACAUCUUUGCUUAAAGAGCAUAAAGCAAAACCAACUGUAACAGUAGCAGGACCUAACAGCGAUAAACGACCGUUUGUAUCGCCCACAAGAUCACGCUUAGGAAUGCCAAAGAAAAUUGAUUAUCUUUUGCCAGUUAUUAUUACUCUUCUAGCUUUGCCAAUAUUGGGUGCUGUAAUUUUCAUGGUGUAUAAACAAGGUAGAGAUUGUUGGGAUAAAAGGCACUAUAGGAGGAUGGAUUUUCUUAUUGAUGGAAUGUACAAUGAUUAAUAUUUAGAAAUGUACCAUUUGGUCAUUUUGAUUGUAAGGAUAUCGUCUGCGCGAUAGACGUAAAACAUUUGAUAAACUAUUUUGUCACUA